AUGACGAACCAACGAGCCGACACAGACGAGCCGAGCUACCCGGUCAAGCUCUUUGUCUACGACCUCUCGCGCGGCAUGGCUCGCUCAACGUCGCUCCCGCUCACCGGCCGCCAGAUCGAUGGCAUCUGGCACACCAGCAUCGUAGCCUGGGACCGCGAGUACUUCUUCGGCCAGGGCAUUUCGGUCGUUUAUCCUGGCACGUCGCAUCACGGCGCUCCGCUCGAGACGUUUGACCUUGGCACCACCUCGAUCGACCGCGAGACUUUCGACGGAGCGCUGCUUCCCGACCUUCGCCAACGCUUCCGUGCACAAGACUACAACCUGCUCUCCUGGAACUGCAACAACUUCACGCAAGAGGUGGCUCAGAUCCUUACGGGUGCAGACAUUCCAGCCCACAUCCGUUCUCUUCCACAAGACUUCCUCAGCACCCCUUUCGGCCAGAUGCUCCAGCCGCAGAUCGACGCCAUGUUCCGUCACCCAUCUGCCGACAUUUCUGCGCCAGCCACUGCAACACCCUCCAGCAGCGCAGCCAACAACCUGCUUGAUCAGGUCGCCUCUCGUGCGUAUGCAGGCAAUACGACCGUCGAAUCGCGGGCAUCUAAAUCGGCAAGCCCCAACGCUCCCAUCCGCCACAUCACAACGCAAGCCGAGCUGGCAGAAAUCCGCUCGCUCUUUCCGUGCGUAGCUGUGCUCUUCACCUCGCAGUCCUGCCCGCCGUGUCGCAUCGUCGAGCCUGUAUUUGAGGAUCUGGCACACCACUACCACGUCCAAGACACUCAGCCCGGCAACCACAAGCGGAUCGCGUUUGUCCAGGUCGAGUCCAACGCCGCCACUUUGAACUUGUUCUCGCAGGCAGGCGUAUCGGCUGCCCCGACAAUCCAACUACUUGCGCUCGGCAAGCAGGUCAAUCAGAUCAAGGGCGCCGAUCCGCCAGGGCUCAAGUCUGCUGUGGGCUCGUUGCUCCUCGAGGUGUACCCGCCACAUCUGCACGCACGCCUUUCUCCUCCCAUCAAGUCCUUGGGUUCUCUACCGCAGCAGCCUCAUACGUACGUGGCCAAGCCACGACUAGACUCUUUGCUCCAGAAAGUGGAUGCCACUAUUGCACAGCAUCCAUGCAAGACAUUUGCCGACAAGGCCGAUCUACAGGCGGCGCGCAAGGUCAUUGCUGCGGCCUGGAUCCCAUGGCUCGACACCGUCAGCGGCACCAAGGCGAGUCCAGCGCCUCCAAGUAGCCUUGUUCAAGACACCUCGCUCGUUGUUAGGCGCCUUUCGGUCCUGCCCAUCGAUACGCUCUUUCCCAUCCUGGACCUCUUCCGGCUUUCUGUGCUGAACGAGUCAUUCGUUCGCACCGCUUUUGCAGCGCCGCUUGCCGCCGAUCGGAACGAGGUCAACGGGAUCACCCGACUCUUGUCGCUCGUAUCCGAGGUGGCCUACAAAGGCGAGUGGAACGCAAGUCAGCGUCCGUUACUGCUCACCUCGGCACGAUUGCUUUCGAAUCUGUCGGCGUCGACCACGUUUGUCGAGGUGAUCGAGUCGCACGAAACCAUCCGCAGCCUCACACUCGAGCUCACGACCAGUCUGUUGCUAUGUCCCGACGCGGGUGUUCGCAGUGCGGCAGCAACCUGUGCUUUCAACCUGGCGCUUCAUCAGCAUGCCGAGAGGAGCGACUGGGUCAACCGCGAUCCUGCCGCAGCGCCCAUGCUCGGCAGCCGGCUUGGCGAGACGUGGGAGUCGGAGCUGGCUUCGGCGCUCCUGCAGGCCAUCGCCAACGAGUCCGAGUCGGAAGAGACGCUCCACCGUCUCCUGGCGGCUCUCACGCUGCACAUCCAUCUGUCGCAAUUCUGGUCCGAGAGCGUGGGUCCCAUGCUGCAGGUGUUGGAUGCACAAGAUUUACUCGAGGCCAAACGUGAUAGCGGCUUUGUGAGCAGCUCGGCCAAGAAGCAAGACUUGGCCGGUUUGCUCGACGAUCUCACUCGCCUCGUGUCGUGCAAUACUGAUUAG